CGCCCAGGCCAGAGGGACGUGUAUUGAAGUUCGUUCCGCUCUAGAAGUCAGUCUCUCCCAACUGGAGUUGAGGCGGGGGAAGUACACGGCCACCGACAAAGAACACACCUCCAGUUCUGUAAAAAGUCCCCACAGAGCCAGCCGGCUAGGCAAAAGGAAGUCGCCUACUCCAAGGACCGGAAAUCCCGCCUUCGCCGGAGAAGGAGCGGAAGCGAGACAGCCAAUGCAGAAGAAGGUAGUUCUCCCGCAGGGGCCCCUGAGAACCCAGCCCCUGUUAUGGGGCCGGAAGCAGGCCGGGGGCGGAUCUUCCUGCCGGAAGUGGCCAAGCGGAAGUUUCUUUCGGUUGGCAGCCUAAGUGAUAGAUGUGCAGGCCACCUGAAGCGAGGAACCGAAGCGAGUAUUAGACAUUCCAAGGCAGUUUGAGAGCUGGAGACUGAGCUGCUGUGGUGCCGCCAGAUCAUGAGCCCGACCACACACUGGGGAGAGAAGUUCCUGAAUCUGCGGGUGCCCCCCGCCGGGGUAUUUGUUGUGGCUUUCCUUGCCCGAGUGGCCCUGGUUUUCUAUGGGGUCUUCCAGGACCGGACCUUGCUAGUGAGGUAUACAGACAUCGACUACCAGGUCUUCACGGACGCCGCGCGUUUCGUUACGGAGGGGCGCUCCCCUUACCUCAGGGCAACAUACCGAUACACUCCCCUGUUGGGGUGGCUACUCACUCCCAACAUCUAUCUCAGUGAACUGUUCGGAAAGUUUCUCUUCAUCAGCUUCGACCUCUUCACCGCCUUCCUCCUAUACCGGUUACUGCUUCUUAAGGGGCUGGGUCGCCGCCAGGCUUGCGGGUACUGUGUCUUUUGGCUUCUUAAUCCGCUACCUAUGGCGGUGUCCAGCCGAGGCAAUGCGGACUCGAUUGUCGCCUCCCUGGUGCUUAUGACCCUGUACCUAAUAGAAAAAAGACUGGUGGCGUGUGCCGCUGUAUUCUAUGGUUUCGCAGUGCACCUGAAGAUGUAUCCGGUGACCUAUAUCCUUCCCAUUGCCCUCCACUUGCUUCCGGAACGCGACAGUGACGAAGGUCUCCGUCAAUCCCGAUAUUCUUUCCAGGCUCGUUUGUACGAAUUCCUGAAAAGGUUGUGUCAUCGGGCUGUGCUGCUGUUCGUAGCAGUUGCUGGACUCACGUUUUUUGCCCUGAGCUUCGGUUUUUAUUACAGAUAUGGUUGGGAAUUUUUGGAGCACGCCUACCUUUAUCACCUGACCAGGCGAGACAUCCGACACAACUUCUCUCCAUACUUCUACAUGUUGUAUUUGACCGCAGAGAGCAAGUGGAGUUUUUUCCUGGGAAUUGCCGCAUUCCUGCCGCAGUUUAUUUUACUUUCAGCAGUGUCUUUCGCCUAUUACAGAGACCUUGUCUUUUGUUGUUUUCUUCAUACGUCAAUUUUUGUUACAUUUAACAAAGUCUGCACCUCCCAGUACUUUCUUUGGUACCUCUGCCUCCUGCCCCUUGUGAUGCCACUAGUGAGAAUACCUUGGAGAAGAGCUGUGUUUCUCCUGAUGUUAUGGUUCAUCGGGCAGGCCUUAUGGCUGGCUCCUGCUUAUGCUCUUGAGUUUCAGGGAAAGAACACCUUUCUGUUUAUCUGGUUAGCCGGUUUGUUCUUCCUCCUUAUCAACUCUUCCAUCCUCAUUCAAAUCAUUUCCCAUUACAAGGAGGAACCCCUGACAGACAGAACCAAAUAUGACUGAUAAUGCUCCAAUCCUUCUGCGACUUGGAUUCUGAUUGUCCUGAAUGGAUCAGAGAGAGCUUUGGAGAGAUGUUUUUUGUUUUUGAACAUCCUAAGCACUCUAGUGAAAGUCCAGUUUGGAGCAUAAAACUAUUCCAACAAAUUUUAAUGAAUGUUUGCCUUACUUAUAGAGGGGGCUCAAUAAUUGAGUUUCACCCUUUGGGAAAUCUCAGGACUCAUUCAUCUGGGACAUGAUGGGAAGUAAAGAUUACUUGUUUGAAAAUGGAAGGGCUAAUGAAAUAAUCAGAUGCUAAAAGAUUUUUGUAGAAAGGAUAGGGGGAAUACAGUCAAGAGAUGGAAUCUAAGCCAGUAUUUGUUACAGUUAUACUGUGGUACUGCCUGUAACUGUCUUUUAUCCCCCACUUUUUUGUUCUAAGGCUUUCCUGAUAACUGGGAAAACUCAAAAUGUUCCUAAAGUACAGCUUUUAGAUAUAAAGUGUUAAGUAAUACUACUGAGGUUGGGAAAGUUAAUUCUGUAUUAAAGUGGGGGCUUAGAAGAUAAUCCAAAGAAAGUAAAUUAUAGUCAUGUUUCAUGUAUUUGCUUUAUAACUUAAUUUUUCAGCACUUAAUCCUAGUGGUAUUAAUUUACUGUUUGGUUUUAUACAAAAAGGAUUGAAUUUAAAUUCAUCCAUCUUGGGACUUCCCUGGUAGUCCAGUGGUAAAGAAUUCACGUUGCAAUGCAGGGGACUUGGGUUUGAUCCCUGGUCAAGGAACUGAGAUCCCACAUACCACGAAGCAGUUAAGCCUAUGUGCCGCAACAAAAGAAGGAAGAUAUCACAUGCUGCAAAUAAGACCCAGUGCAGCCAAAUGAAUCUAAAAAUAAAUAUUUUAAAAAGAUAAAUUCAUUCAUCUUUAAACUUCUCAACAUUUUAAAAUAGCAUCUUGCUUUUGAUGUUUGAGGUCACAUACUGUUAUGACAUUUUAGAACUCUCUUUUGUCUCUGUUUUUAAUUUUCUAAUUACUAGAAAAGACUUUUGAUACAGUGUAUAAGUUAAUCAAGUAUUAUCAGUAUUGUUAAAAUGAUUAGAGAUUUUAGGUGGUAAAAAAAUAAAUCAUUAAUAGGCAUUUACCAGCUUAAAAAUACCUCACUUAUGAAAAUUUCAUGAUAGAAAUGAAGACGUGCAUAGGAGGCUCCUAGAAAGUGUAAGAAGCAUUUUAAUAGCCAUUAGUAGUUUAGACCAGGAAAUUGAGGGAGAGAUUGUGAAAAUGGGCUUUAGUAGCCAGAUGCAUUUUCCUUAUUACUCUUAAUUUUCUAGGAAAAAAUGCUUUGUGAGUUUCAAAUAAGCAAGCUAAAAAAAAAAAAAACCCAUCUAGUUUGGGGACACCCUAACACUCUAAAUGUAUUAGCAAUGAGUGAGUUUGGUUUUAUGAUUUUGAUAGUAAAAGAUGAGUAAUGUGACAACAUUGUUCUUUCACUAAAACCAAAAAACUGCAGAGGAAGUAGUGUAUUUCAUGUCAGUUCAGGCCUAAAAAAGUCUGAACAUAAGAUGUCUAUAGACAGGUCAUAAUUAAGAAUGCUAUUGCUGGCAGCACUUCUUAAAUGGAUACCUUUUACAACCCACCAUUAAAAGGAAGGGGAGAGGACUUCUCUGGUGGUUCAGUGGAUAAGACUCUGUGCUCCCAAUGCAGGGGAUCUGAGUUCAAUGCCUGGCCAGGGAGCUAGAUCCCACGUGCCGCAACUAAAGGUCCCAUGUGCUGAAACUAAGACCUGGCAGAAUGGAGCCAAAUAAAUAUUAAAAAAAAAAAAAGAAGAAGGGGAGAAUGGGUGACUUUACAUGGGUUGCUGUUUGGAAGAAAGUAACAAUUAAUUGUUGAGGAUAGAGCCCCUUCUUGUAACAUUUGGUCUCAUAUGCAACGUUAACAUUUGUAUAUGACUGUUCAAUAGUGGCCUUCCAGCCACGGCAGUCUUACUUUUUUUUUUUCUUCAUCAUUUUAUAAUAAUAAUUUAAAAAAAAUUGUUUUUCUGGUAGAACUGGGAGGGAAAGGGGACCAGAAAUAGAUUUUCAACAUCUCAAUAUAAUUGGUUUUUUGGUAUUUUUAAUAGUCACAAGUGUAUUUACUUAUUCACUUCUUUUUUACUUUAACAUUCUUUGUUGUUCGUUACUCUUCAUACUUACAUUGAAAUGCCUAAAUAAUACUCUAUCAUAUGAACGCUCACAUUAUAAAUGCAUCAUAAGAGUAAACAUUUUUCACAUUUUAAAUUACCUUAACAUUCUUAGAAAUCAGUGGGGUUCUGUUGGGAUUUUGGAGGAAAUUUCAUCAGCAAAUCCUGCCUUAUAAGAAAUUCUCUACCAAAGACCUACAGGCAUUUCUUAGAAGAUGCUGAAAGUGUUCUUUUAGGCUACAAGACAUUUAGUACAUUAACGCAAGAAAAGAUCUUAUUUGGUCUCUUGGGCUUUUAAAUUUUUUUCAUUUGUUUUUGUUUUUUGGUUUUGUAAAAUUUCUCAUCUUUUCAUGUGAGUCCUUUGGUUUCUUUAUUAAUCCUAUUAUAACACUUUAAAAUUGAAUGGCACUUUGGCUUUUUUCCUAUAUGAUACUUUUUGUUCUUAUGCCACCCUUUAAGAUCAAUAUAUCCAUAUCUAGAUAAACAUUAAUUAUUAACAUAUGGAGGAUGCUUCUCAAGAUGGUCUGUGUUCUAAAAAGAGGGACUGCAUGACUUAUUUUCUUCUGUGGUUGCCUUAAUGUCUUCAAAAUGUGGUCCCUAACUAUCCCAAGAUAAAGUCCCUGAAUUAGGUCCAUUGGAAAGGACCUCUUUCUUAUAAAACCAUAUUCUUUAGUUACUAACUUCUCAUCACUUUGCUGAAUGACUCUAAGUGACAUAACAUUGUUUCAAAAGCUUUGGAGAACUUGUCUUUUAGUUAGUUCACUUGUUGAAUAUAUUACUUCUCCAGCUGUUUUCUGUUGUACCACCCUUACCUCAACCAUCUGUGCAAUGAGUAGAAAUGGAAAAGAUGGAAAAUUCACGUGGGACAGUCCUUAAAUGCAACUUCUUGUUUGUCCCCCCACCCCACCCCCAGUGCUUUACCAUGAACAGGUUUAAACAUUACCCAUAUGCCUACCAUAUCUAAGUUAACAACUGACGUUUUGCCAUGUUUGUUUUAUUUACAUACAAUUUUUUCCUGAACCACACAAGGUUGAAAACAUCAUUGAACUUGACCACUAAGUACAUCAGCAUGCACUGAAUAAAAAUACUCUUCCUAUAAAACUAUUAUAUUGUUAUAUAAUUUUCCAUCCUGUCCAUUUUCAAAUUUCUCCAAUUAUUUUGUGUUUAAUUUUAAAGAAUAGACAUUCUUGGAUCUCAAAGAUUCCCUGAAAGAGAUGAUAAAUAAUCCAUAAUUAGGAAGUCUGGAUCUUUCCCUGUUAUCGAAAGCAAAGUCAGAACUAAGGGAUAUACCUUUUAUCAAAGUCAACCAAACAAUUUUGUGCAAAUCUUUCUGUCUUCCUCCUAAGAAAAUGCAGGGCAGUAAUCAUCCCUAAUAAGUUUUGCAAAUAAAAGAUUACAUGUUUAGAUUUUUUGGCUGGGCCAUGAGCCUUGAGGGAUCUCAGUUCCCUGAUCAGAGAUUGCACCUGGAUCACGACAGUGAAAGCCAGAAUCCUAAUCAUUAGGCUGCCAGGGAAUUCCCCCCGUGUAGAUUCUUGAUAUCUGCUUCUCUCUUCCAACAAGUGAUUAACUAAUUUUAUAUCUUGAUGAUAAGCUCUGGCUUUUCAUGGCUAAAUGAUUCCGGGUACCUAUUCUGCAAUAUAUGGUUUCAUUUAAUUUUCACAGCAACACUUUAGAAUUGAUAUUUGUACUUCCAUCUUAUAGAUGAAUGAAGAAGCUCAAAGAUUAAAUGGCUUACAAAUAAAUUACAGGGCUAGAGUUUGAAGCACAUUUUGCCAGACUACAUGUCAUAACCUUUCCACUGUAUUAGGCUUUGGAAUUUUCCAGCAUCCAGAUGCAACAGGUGGAGAUUCUGGCAAAAUAAAUGAAACUCAGCACUACUCUUAA